CUGGGGGGAGAGUUUAGAAGGGAGCGCACUUCCGGUGCCCUUUCUCCCGCGAGCACCUGGGGCCCGGACCCUCGUGCGGAGGGUGCGAUCCGUAAACUGGAGAGCGGUAGAGGCGGGCCGGCACCCCCUUCGGACCACUGGUGCCGCCGGCCUCAGGACCGAACAUGGCCCAGAACUUGAAGGACUUAGCGGGACGGCUGCCCUCCGGGCCCCGGGGCAUGGGCACGGCGCUGAAGCUGCUGCUGGGGGCCGGCGCCGUGGCCUACGGCGUCCGCGAGUCGGUGUUCACCGUGGAAGGAGGGCAGAGAGCCAUUUUCUUUAAUCGGAUCGGAGGCGUGCAGCAGGACACCAUUCUGGCCGAGGGCCUUCACUUCAGGAUCCCCUGGUUCCAGUACCCCAUCAUCUAUGACAUUCGCGCCAGACCCCGAAAAAUUUCCUCCCCCACAGGCUCCAAAGACCUGCAGAUGGUGAACAUCUCCCUGCGGGUGCUGUCCAGACCCAACGCCCUGGAGCUUCCCAGCAUGUACCAGCGCCUGGGGCUGGACUACGAGGAGCGAGUGUUGCCGUCCAUCGUCAACGAGGUGCUCAAGAGCGUGGUGGCCAAGUUCAACGCCUCGCAGCUCAUCACCCAGCGGGCCCAGUUCUCCAGUCCCCUCAAUGCCCCUCUGCCCUCCCCUCCUCCCCCCGGCCCGCAGGUGUCCUUGUUGAUCCGACGGGAGCUGACAGAGAGGGCCAAGGACUUCAGCCUCAUACUGGACGAUGUAGCCAUCACUGAGCUGAGCUUUAGCCGAGAAUACACGGCUGCUGUAGAAGCUAAACAAGUGGCCCAGCAGGAGGCCCAGCGGGCCCAGUUCUUGGUGGAAAAAGCGAAGCAGGAACAGCGGCAGAAGAUCGUGCAGGCCGAGGGUGAGGCUGAGGCCGCCAAGAUGCUGGGAGAAGCUCUGGGCAAGAACCCAGGCUACAUCAAGCUGCGCAAGAUUCGGGCAGCCCAGAACAUCUCCAAGACGAUCGCCACAUCACAGAAUCGUAUCUAUCUCACUGCUGACAACCUCGUGCUGAACCUACAGGAUGAAAGUUUCACCCGGUGAGAGACAUGGCCUUCAGGUGGGGUGUUGACACAGAACAAGGGCUGGAGUCUGGCCGCUUGGGCUCUGGCGCCUGUUACCAGCUUACUCGUGUGACCCUUGAAAACACCAUGUCUCUGAACCAGUUAGAAAAGUGGGUGGUUGACAAUUCCUAACUUGAAUCUCACGGGAUUGAUUUUAUGCGAUCCAAUGGGAUUAUUCAUGUAAAAAGCACUUUAAUUGUAAAGUUUUAAGUGAGAAGUGGUAAAAGAUGAUAUUGGCUGUUUUUCCUUGGGAGCUGCUCUGGGGCACGGAAGGAUGCUAGGAAAGCAGGGGUGAGAAAUGGCAGUGGCCAGGGAGCAAGUCUUCUUUCCAGAGCCUGAGAUUCCUGGCUUCCAACAUGCUUGUCUUUUUCUCUUGGGAGCGAAGGAGGGUUUAGAGUUGAGUGGGGCAUGAAACUGUCGAAUCACGUGUACCUUUCUCUUGUCGGUCUGUGUUCCCUGUUCAUCUGGUGACCUGGCGUCCAAAGGGGAAGUGACAGCCUCAUCAAGGGUAAGAAAUGAACCGCUGAACAAGAACUCCACCCCCAGGGAGGAAGUGGAUCUUUUUCUUCCCCGGUUUUUGAGGAGCCAACUUGGGGCCCUACCCAGCCCCCACUGUCCUGCGAUGGUCCCUCUGCAUCUGUCCUCCCAGCCCUUCUCGGAUGAAGACUGACCAUUUUCAGGGGAGUGACAUUCCUCCCGGUGUCGGCCAGGGGUGUUGGGACAGUGUGUGAUUUCCUGCAGGGUUGAUUCCUCCCUCGUGGUCAGAAGCAACAACCACCACCCCAGAGAUUCUCAAUAAAUGUUUAUUACUUAAGCUGAA